AUGGAGGAGAUUGCUAAGGAAUACGAUGUCAUUGUGCUGGGCACUGGUUUGACCGAGUGCAUUCUUUCUGGUGUGCUGAGUGUCAAGGGCAAGAAGGUCCUUCACAUUGAUCGUAAUGACCACUACGGCGGAGAGGCUGCGUCUUUGAACCUCCAAGCGCUCUUCAAGAAGUAUGGCAACUACAACAGCGGAGAGGAGCCAUGGGCCAAGUACGGCCGCAACACCGACUGGAACAUUGACCUCGUCCCCAAGUUCCUCAUGUCCUCUGGCGAGCUCACCAAUAUUCUCGUCUCCACCGAUGUUACGCGAUACCUCGAGUUCAAGCAGGUUGCAGGCAGCUUCGUGCAGCAGGGCUCUGGCCCCAAGGCCACCGUGGCCAAGGUCCCCUCAGAUGCUGCCGAGGCCCUCCGAUCACCCCUGAUGGGCAUCUUCGAGAAGCGCCGCAUGAAGAGCUUCAUUGAAUGGGUCGGCACCUUUGACCUGAAGGACCCGGCCACACACAAGGGCCUGGACAUGUCUACUUGCACCAUGAAGGACGUCUACGACAAGUUCGGCCUGGAGACUGGAACCAAGGAUUUCAUCGGCCACGCCAUGGCCCUGUACCUUUCCGACGACUAUAUCAGCAGGCCUGGUGGCGCACCCGAGGCCAUCGACCGCAUCCGCCUGUACGGAAACAGUGUGGCCCGAUACGGCAAGUCGCCAUACAUUUACCCGCUUUUCGGCCUUGGAGACCUGCCCCAGGGUUUUGCCCGUCUGUCGGCCAUCUACGGCGGCACUUACAUGCUGAACACCAACAUCGACGAGCUUCUGUACGAGGAUGGCAAGGCGGUUGGCAUCAAGGCCACCAUGACUGGUAUCGAGCCCGAGAUGAAGUUCGAGACCAGGGCAAAGAUGAUUCUUGGCGACCCGUCCUACUUCCCAGACAAGGUCAAGGUCGUCGGCCAUGUGCUUCGUGCCAUCUGCGUGCUUAAGCACCCCUUGGCCGGCACCUCUGAUGCCGACUCAUGCCAGCUGAUCAUUCCACAGUCGCAGGUCGGCCGCAAGAAUGAUAUUUACAUUGCCUGCGUGUCAUCUGCCCACAGCGUCUGCCCCAAGGGCUACUACAUUGCCAUCGUUUCAACCAUUGCCGAGACGUCGGCCAACCAUCACCUCGAGCUGCAGCCCGGUUUGGAGCGUCUUGGAAAGAUUGAGGAGCAAUUUAUGGGACCCCCUAUUCCUCUGUACGCCCCUAUCGAUGAUGGCACCAGCAACAAUAUUUUCAUUUCCAAGAGCUAUGACGCCACCAGCCACUUCGAGACAACUACCGACGACGUCAAGGACAUUUACCGCCGCGCCACGGGUGAGGAGCUUAAGGUUGAGGGACUCAGGGACCUGCAGGUUGCCGGAGACGAGUAA